CAGCCAUGGGGCCAACUUUCCUGCUUUGUGUGGCUGUCACCCUAUUCAGAGUGGUCAGUGGAUCAUGCCCAGUGGGGCGGGAGUUCAUUACUGCCUUUAUGCCUAACUAUUUGCUGCGCUACCAACGUGAUCAGAGUCUUCAACUGGCCAUAACCACACAGGAUUAUCCAGCCAUUGUUCAAAUUCAGGUCAAUGCAAUCGGCUUCUCGACCUCAGUGAAAAUAGAGAAACAGAACACCAAAUGGAUCGGCAUACCUGGUACCGCUGAAAUUGGGGGUCCAGGAGCUUCCACCAAAACAGUGCAGGUCACCUCCAACUCUGACAUCUCGGUGGUGGCCUUCAACUACAAGUUCUCGACCGGAGACAGCAGUGUGGUCUUCCCGACUGACCAGCUGGGUACUGACUAUGUGGUCUUCUCCCCCGGUGAGGGUCCAAGAAACAUGCACAAGCUUAUGUCUAUUAUCAACGGCAAAGAGCCCAACAAGAUCACGAUCAUCCCUGUCUCCAACAUUAAUCUCAGUGGCGUGGAUUCCUGGAAGCAAAGACAGGCGGUGAUUGUUACCAUGGACCCAUACCAGGUCUACCUCUACCAAAGCUACACCACUUUCACUGGGACCAGGGUAAAAGCUAAGCACCCUGUGGCAGUCCUGGGGGGACACGAGUGCAUUGCAGAUGGAGGCCGCUGCAAUCACGUCUACGAACAACUGCUACCAGUACAGAGCCUCUCCACCAACUACUUGGUUCCUUCCAUGCACAUGACCCAAUCAACAGACUUUGUGAACAUUGUGGCCUCAGAGGACAACACUCUAGUGAAGAUCUUUGAGGGAAAGGUAUCCACUGCUAAAGAGCUGAAUGAGGGGCAGGUGUAUGUGAUUUCUGUCCAACCCAAAUAUCCGCUGAUCAUAAAAAGUGAUAAGAAGGUCAUGGUGAUGUACUUCAGCAACAACAAGCCCUACGAUCCGUUCCUCACCAACAUCCUCCCAACGUCUGAUCUAGCAAAAGAGUGGUCGGUGGACACACAGAACAAAUUCGAGAGCACAUUGGUCAUUGUCUCCGAGGGGGAAGGGAUCAACACUGUUAAAGUCUGUGAGAAAAAUAAUUGUGUGAAAUCUCUCCGAUGGACAUCAUUCAACUCAGACCCUAAGUACAUGUGGGUAAAUGUUCCAUUGGGAGAUCAGCAACAGCAUUUCUCUAUCAAAGGUGACUCCCUCAUGGCUGUUUACGUUUAUGGUGGCAUGCCAAGAGACGGCUACGCUACAACAGGAGUAUGUUCCAAAGGCACUGCACCACCCACUACACCAAAAGACCCAUGUGAGAAAGUCAAAUGCAGAGAAAAGGAAGAAUGUACAAAGGGAGUUUGUGUCCACAUCUCCAAAGCAACCUGCAGGGCCGUGGGCGACCCCCACUACCUCACCUUUGAUGGGGAGCGAUUUGACUUCCAGGGCACCUGCUCUUAUGUCAUGGCCACGGUUGUUAAACCUGAUCCUGGCCUCAUCCCGUUCACUGUCCUGACCAAGAACAACCACAGAGGGAACAAGAGGGUGUCUUUCGUAAGGAAAGUCUCAGUCACGGUCUAUGGGCUGACUGUUGUGAUCAGCACGCAUAAAGGGAAGGUUGAGGUGAAUGGUGAGAAUGUUUACCUGCCUGUGACCCUGGCCGGAGGAAACCUAACGGUGGUGUAUAGUGGCAGCUAUGCUAUUCUGAAGACAAAUUUUGGCCUGAAGGUUAUGUACGACUGGAACAUGAAGUUCUACAUCACUGUCCCCAGCAGCUACUUCCGCACCCUGGGUGGGCUCUGUGGGAGCUACAACGGGGAUCGCAAUGACGAGUUCACUAACCCCAAAGGUAACAAGGAACCCACAGUGGUGAAGUUUGCCCAGAGCUGGAGAACUGAAGACGGCGACUUGUUCUGUCAUGAUGACUGCCAAGGGGAAUGUCCUAGCUGCACUCCGGCUCUCCAACAGAAAUACAAGGGAGAGAAGUUAUGUGGUCUCUUGGCCAAAAAAGACGGCCCAUUCGCCAGCUGCCACAAGGUCCUGGACCCAGGCAUGUUCAUGGACAACUGUGUAUAUGACGUCUGCAUCAAUAAAGGCAUCUAUCAGUUCCUCUGUGAGAACAUGAAAAGCUACAAUGAUGCCUGUUUGGCCGAGGGGGUCAAAAUUAGCCCUGAGUGGAGGACAAUCACUGGAUGCUCACUGGAAUGUCCAUCAAACAGCUACUACGAGGCGUGUGGCACAGCUUGCCCUGCCUCUUGUUCAGAUCUAGAUGCCGAAGCAAUGUGCAAGGAACCCUGUGUGGAGACUUGUCAAUGCAACAAGGGCUUUGUCCUCAGUGGAGACAAAUGCGUCUCCAAGGAGAGCUGUGGCUGCUCUUAUGAAGGACGAUACUACCCGUCUGGAAUGAAGUUCUGGGAAGAUGACAAAUGCACAAAGCAGUGUGAAUGCAAUCCAGGAACAGCCAAGGUUGAAUGCAAAGCAACAGCAUGCAAGAAAUCAGAGGUGUGUGGCCUGCAGAGUGGUAAGAGAGAGUGCUACCCAACAUCUUAUGCCUCUUGCCAAGGUUCAGGCGACCCCCACUACCGCACGUUUGAUGGCAAGAGGUUCGACUUCCAGGGAACGUGUACUUACGUUCUCUCCAAAUUGGUCAGCAAAGAUGACAAGUCUCUGGUGCCUUUUGAGGUGCUUGUAAAGAAUCAGAAUAGGGGGAGGAACACUGCAGUGUCUUACACAAAGACAGUCACCGUCAUUGUCUUCAAAAACAUCAUCACCAUGAGUAGGGACAAUCCUGGCAAAGUAUUGGUCAACAACCAGUAUGUGAACUUGCCAUUUGAUGUAGAAGAUGGCCAACUGUCCAUCUUCCGCAGUGGGUAUUUCGGUGUGGUGAAGACAAAAUUUGGCCUGACACUGAAGUUCAACUGGAACAGCCACGUCUCCCUAACCCUCCCCAGCACCUACUCAAACCUCAUCGGAGGGCUCUGCGGAAACUGGAACGGCCAACGGAACGACGACCUCCUCAAACCAGACAAGAGCCCUGCCAACACCCCAACAGUAUUUGGGGACAGCUGGAAAGUGGGGAACGACCCUGGCUGCUCCAGCGACUGCAACGGCAAGAAGUGCCCCACCUGUGACCACAGCCUGAUGCUUGAUUACCAAACAGGGAAGUACUGCGGCAGGAUCACAGACAAAAACGGUCCGUUCAAGCACUGCCACGCCAAGGUGGACCCCACAGAGUACUAUGAGGACUGUGUGUUUGAUAUGUGUUUGUACCGUGGCCAUGCCUCUGCCCUCUGUAACGCCCUCAGCACCUACACCACUGCCUGUCAGGAUGCCCCUGCCAAGGUGGAACAGUGGAGGUCAGACAGCUUCUGUCCAUCUUCCUGCAAGGUCAACAGCCACUAUGAGGUGUGUGCUUCCGGCUGCCCCCAGACCUGCAGCGGCCUCAAUGAGCCUGAGAGCUGUUGGAACUCCCUGUGCACCGAGGGCUGUGUCUGUGACGACGGCUUCAUACAGAGCGACAGCGAGUGUGUGCCGCUGGCUGAAUGUGGCUGCAUUCACCAAGGCCAAUACUACCAGAUGGGCCAGGUGUUCUUCCCCAGUGGCCAGUGCAAAGAGCGCUGUGUGUGUAACAAGGAUGGACACGUGGAUUGUAAUGUGAAGUUUGCCUGCGGUCCCAAUGAGAAGUGCCAGGUCCAAGACGGGGUGCAGGCUUGUAUACCCAUGAGCACGGGCACCUGCCAUGUGAGCGGGGCCAGGAGAUUCCACUCGUUCGAUGGCAGCUGCUUCAGCUUACACGGGGACUGUGUGUACAAAAUGUUGGAGGUUGUGGAGAAAGACGGAUCGAUGGCUCCAUUUGCUGUAUCAGUGCAGCAGUUGACCAAGAUUGAUGAUGCAAUGGUCACCAGGAGGGUUGAAAUACAGGCCUACAAAUACAAGAUAUCUAUGUCUCCCAGAGUUAUAUGGGAAAUAACGGUGGAUGAUGUUGCAACAAAUCUCCCGCUGUCACUCGGAGAUGGAAAGGUCAGGGCCUACCAGAACGGCAUUAACAUCAUCGUGGUAACAGACUUUGGCUUGAUGGUGACCUACGACACCGUUGCUGGCGCCAUCAUACAGCUUCCAUCCACUUACAAAGGUGUUACCGGUGGUCUCUGUGGCAACUAUAAUGACAAGAAGGAGGAUGACUUCCUGCUGCCCAGUGGGCUGCAGGAGCCGUCUGUGGAGAAGUUUGCAGCGGGGUGGUUAGUGGUUCAGGAAGGGGUCAAAUGUCAGACAGGAUGUGACGGUGGCUUGAAGUGUCCUCCCACCAGUGGACCCCCGCCGGCUUGUAGCAUCUUAAAGUCACCCAAGGGUCCAUUUGCCCAAUGCCAUGCUGUUGUGCCACCACAAGAGCACUUUGAGGAGUGCACGAAGGAGGGAGAGGGUGGGGAUGCCCUGUGCCGCCACUUACAGACGUAUGUGACUUUCUGUCAGGCAUCCGGUGGCCUUGUCAGCAGCUGGAGAUCUGACCAGUUUUGUCCUCUGACGUGUCCAGCUAACAGUCACUAUGAGUUGUGUGCCGACACCUGUUCUUCCACCUGUGACUCUCUGAGUGAGUCUCCCAAAUGCCCACUAUGCCAGGAGGGCUGCCAGUGUGAUGACGGCUUUGUGUUUGAUGGUGGCAAGUGUGUCCUACUGGGGAACUGUGGCUGUGUGGUUGAUGGACACUAUUACAAGUCUGGCCAGUCUGUGAGGCUUGGCAACUGUUCUGAGACCUGCAGCUGUGCAGCAGGACUAUUCACUUGCAAGAACUCACAGUGCAAAGAGGGUCAGAAAUGUGCGUUGAAGAAUGGAGUCAUGGACUGCUACAGCACAGACCCCUGUGAGGAUACUGAAUGCCGUGAGAAGGAAAACUGUGUGGUGAAGAACAGUAAGGUGGUAUGUGUGGCCCAGUCCAAGGCCACCUGCAGGGCUGUGGGCGACCCCCACUACCUCACCUUUGAUGGGGAGCGAUUUGACUUCCAGGGCACCUGCUCUUAUGUCAUGGCCACGGUUGUUAAAUCUGAUCCUGGCCUCAUCCCGUUCACUGUCCUGACCAAGAACAACCACAGAGGGAACAAGAGGGUGUCUUUCGUAAGGAGAGUCUCAGUCACGGUCUAUGGGCUGACUGUUGUGAUCAGCAAGCAUAAAGGGAAGGUUGAGGUGAAUGGUGAGAAUGUCUACCUGCCUGUGACCCUGGCCAGAGGAAACCUAACGGUGGUGUAUAGUGGCAGCUAUGCUGUUCUGAAGACAAACUUUGGCCUGAAGGUUAUGUACGACUGGAACAUGAAGUUCUACAUCACUGUCCCCAGCAGCUACUUCCGCACCCUGGGUGGGCUCUGUGGGAGCUACAACGGGGAUCGCAAUGACGAGUUCACUAACCCCAAAGGUAACAAGGAACCCACAGUGGUGAAGUUUGCCCAGAGCUGGAGAACUGAAGACGGCGACUUGUUCUGUCAUGAUGACUGCCAAGGGGAAUGUCCUAGCUGCACUCCGGCUCUCCAACAGAAAUACAAGGGAGAGAAGUUAUGUGGUCUCUUGGCCAAAAAAGACGGCCCAUUCGCCAGCUGCCACAAGGUCCUGGACCCAGGCAUGUUCAUGGACAACUGUGUAUAUGACGUCUGCAUCAAUAAAGGCAUCUAUCAGUUCCUCUGUGAGAACAUGAAAAGCUACAAUGAUGCCUGUUUGGCCGAGGGGGUCAAAAUUAGCCCUGAGUGGAGGACAAUCACCGGAUGCUCACUGGAAUGUCCAUCAAACAGCUACUACGAGGCGUGUGGCACAGCUUGCCCUGCCUCUUGUUCAGAUCUAGAUGCCGAAGCAAAGUGCAAGGAACCCUGUGUGGAGACUUGUCAAUGCAACAAGGGCUUUGUCCUCAGUGGAGACAAAUGCGUCUCCAAGGAGAGCUGUGGCUGCUCUUAUGAAGGACGAUACUACCUGUCUGGAAUGAAGUUCUGGGAAGAUGACAAAUGCACAAAGCAGUGUGAAUGCAAUCCAGGAACAGCCAAGGUUGAAUGCAAAGCAACAGCAUGCAAGAAAUCAGAGGUGUGUGGCCUGCAGAGCGGUAAGAGAGAUUGCUACCCAACAUCUUAUGCCACUUGCCAAGGUUCAGGCGACCCCCACUACCGCACGUUUGAUGGCAAGAGGUUCGACUUCCAGGGAACGUGUACUUACGUUCUCUCCAAAUUGGUCAGCAAAGAUGACAAGUCUCUGGCGCCUUUUGAGGUGCUUGUAAAGAAUCAGAAUAGGGGGAGGAACACUGCAGUGUCUUACACAAAGACAGUCACCGUCAUUGUCUUCAAAAACAUCAUCACCAUGAGUAGGGACAACCCUGGCAAAGUAUUGGUCAACAACCAGUAUGUGAACUUGCCAUUUGAUGUAGAAGAUGGCCAACUGUCCAUCUUCCGCAGUGGGUAUUUCGGGGUGGUGAAGACCAAAUUUGGCCUGACACUGAAGUUCAACUGGAACAGCCACGUCUCCCUAACCCUCCCCAGCACCUACUCAAACCUCAUCGGAGGGCUCUGCGGAAACUGGAAUGGCCAACGGAAUGACGACCUCCUCAAACCAGACAAGAGCCCUGCCAACACCCCAACAGUAUUUGGGGACAGCUGGAAAGUGGGGAACGACCCUGGCUGCUCCAGCGACUGCAACGGCAAGAAGUGCCCCACCUGUGACCACAGCCUGAUGCUUGAUUACCAAACAGGGAAGUACUGCGGCAGGAUCACAGACAAAAACGGUCCGUUCAAGCACUGCCACGCCAAGGUGGACCCCACAGAGUACUAUGAGGACUGUGUGUUUGAUAUGUGUCUGUACCGUGGCCAUGCCUCUGCCCUCUGUAACGCCCUCAGCACCUACACCACUGCCUGCCAGGAUGCCCCUGCCAAGGUGGAACAGUGGAGGUCAGACAGCUUCUGUCCAUCUUCCUGCAAGGUCAACAGCCACUAUGAGGUGUGUGCCUCAGGCUGCCCCCAGACCUGCAGUGGCCUCGAUGAGCCUGAGAGCUGUUGGAACUCCCUGUGCACCGAGGGCUGUGUCUGUGACGACGGCUUCAUACAGAGCGACAGCGAGUGUGUGCCGCUGGCUGAAUGUGGCUGCAUUCACCAAGGCCAAUACUACCAGAUGGGCCAGGUGUUCUUCCCCAGCAGCCAGUGCAAAGAGCGCUGUGUGUGUAAAAAGGAUGGACACAUGGAGUGUAAUGUGAAGUUUGCCUGCGGUCCCAAUGAGAAGUGCCAGGUCCAAGACGGGGUGCAGGCUUGUAUACCCAUGAGCACGGGCACCUGCCAUGUGAGCGGGGCCAGGAGAUUCCACUCGUUCGAUGGCAGCUGCUUCAGCUUACACGGGGACUGUGUGUACAAAAUGUUGGAGGUUGUGGAGAAAGACGGAUCGAUGGCUCCGUUUGUUGUGUCAGUGCAGCAGUUGACCAAGAUUGAUGAUGCAAUGGUCACCAGGAGGGUUGAAAUACAGGCCUACAAAUACAAGAUAUCUAUGUCUCCCAGAGUUAUAUGGGAAAUAACGGUGGAUGACGUUGCAACAAAUCUCCCGCUGUCACUCGGAGAUGGAAAGGUCAGGGCCUACCAGAACGGCAUUAACAUCAUCGUGGUAACAGACUUUGGCUUGAUGGUGACCUACGACACCGUUGCUGGCGCCAUCAUACAGCUUCCAUCCACUUACAAAGGUGUUACCGGUGGUCUCUGUGGCAACUAUAAUGACAAGAAGGAGGAUGACUUCCUGCUGCCCAGUGGGCUGCAGGAGCCGUCUGUGGAGAAGUUUGCAGCGGGGUGGUUAGUGGUUCAGGAAGGGGUCAAAUGUCAGACAGGAUGUGACGGUGGCUUGAAGUGUCCUCCCACCAGUGGACCCCCGCCGGCUUGUAGCAUCUUAAAGUCACCCAAGGGUCCAUUUGCCCAAUGCCAUGCUGUUGUGCCACCACAAGAGCACUUUGAGGAGUGCACGAAGGAGGGAGAGGGUGGGGAUGCCCUGUGCCGCCACUUACAGACGUAUGUGACUUUCUGUCAGGCAUCCGGUGGCCUUGUCAGCAGCUGGAGAUCUGACCAGUUUUGUCCUCUGACGUGUCCAGCUAACAGUCACUAUGAGUUGUGUGCCGACACCUGUUCUUCCACCUGUGACUCUCUGAGUGAGUCUCCCAAAUGCCCACUAUGCCAGGAGGGCUGCCAGUGUGAUGACGGCUUUGUGUUUGAUGGUGGCAAGUGUGUCCUACUGGGGAACUGUGGCUGUGUGGUUGAUGGACACUAUUACAAGUCUGGCCAGUCUGUGAGGCUUGGCAACUGUUCUGAGACCUGCAGCUGUGCAGCAGGACUAUUCACUUGCAAGAACUCACAGUGCAAAGAGGGUCAGAAAUGUGCGUUGAAGAAUGGAGUCAUGGACUGCUACAGCACAGACCCCUGUGAGGAUACUGAAUGCCGUGAGAAGGAAAACUGUGUGGUGAAGAACAGUAAGGUGGUAUGUGUGGCCCAGUCCAAGGCCACCUGCAGGGCUGUGGGCGACCCCCACUACCUCACCUUUGAUGGGGAGCGAUUUGACUUCCAGGGCACCUGCUCUUAUGUCAUGGCCACGGUUGUUAAAUCUGAUCCUGGCCUCAUCCCGUUCACUGUCCUGACCAAGAACAACCACAGAGGGAACAAGAGGGUGUCUUUCGUAAGGAGAGUCUCAGUCACGGUCUAUGGGCUGACUGUUGUGAUCAGCAAGCAUAAAGGGAAGGUUGAGGUGAAUGGUGAGAAUGUCUACCUGCCUGUGACCCUGGCCAGAGGAAACCUAACGGUGGUGUAUAGUGGCAGCUAUGCUGUUCUGAAGACAAACUUUGGCCUGAAGGUUAUGUACGACUGGAACAUGAAGUUCUACAUCACUGUCCCCAGCAGCUACUUCCGCACCCUGGGUGGGCUCUGUGGGAGCUACAACGGGGAUCGCAAUGACGAGUUCACUAACCCCAAAGGUAACAAGGAACCCACAGUGGUGAAGUUUGCCCAGAGCUGGAGAACUGAAGACGGCGACUUGUUCUGUCAUGAUGACUGCCAAGGGGAAUGUCCUAGCUGCACUCCGGCUCUCCAACAGAAAUACAAGGGAGAGAAGUUAUGUGGUCUCUUGGCCAAAAAAGACGGCCCAUUCGCCAGCUGCCACAAGGUCCUGGACCCAGGCAUGUUCAUGGACAACUGUGUAUAUGACGUCUGCAUCAAUAAAGGCAUCUAUCAGUUCCUCUGUGAGAACAUGAAAAGCUACAAUGAUGCCUGUUUGGCCGAGGGGGUCAAAAUUAGCCCUGAGUGGAGGACAAUCACCGGAUGCUCACUGGAAUGUCCAUCAAACAGCUACUACGAGGCGUGUGGCACAGCUUGCCCUGCCUCUUGUUCAGAUCUAGAUGCCGAAGCAAAGUGCAAGGAACCCUGUGUGGAGACUUGUCAAUGCAACAAGGGCUUUGUCCUCAGUGGAGACAAAUGCGUCUCCAAGGAGAGCUGUGGCUGCUCUUAUGAAGGACGAUACUACCUGUCUGGAAUGAAGUUCUGGGAAGAUGACAAAUGCACAAAGCAGUGUGAAUGCAAUCCAGGAACAGCCAAGGUUGAAUGCAAAGCAACAGCAUGCAAGAAAUCAGAGGUGUGUGGCCUGCAGAGCGGUAAGAGAGAUUGCUACCCAACAUCUUAUGCCACUUGCCAAGGUUCAGGCGACCCCCACUACCGCACGUUUGAUGGCAAGAGGUUCGACUUCCAGGGAACGUGUACUUACGUUCUCUCCAAAUUGGUCAGCAAAGAUGACAAGUCUCUGGCGCCUUUUGAGGUGCUUGUAAAGAAUCAGAAUAGGGGGAGGAACACUGCAGUGUCUUACACAAAGACAGUCACCGUCAUUGUCUUCAAAAACAUCAUCAGCAUGAGUAGGGACAACCCUGGCAAAGUAUUGGUCAACAACCAGUAUGUGAACUUGCCAUUUGAUGUAGAAGAUGGCCAACUGUCCAUCUUCCGCAGUGGGUAUUUCGGGGUGGUGAAGACCAAAUUUGGCCUGACACUGAAGUUCAACUGGAACAGCCACGUCUCCCUAACCCUCCCCAGCACCUACUCAAACCUCAUCGGAGGGCUCUGCGGAAACUGGAAUGGCCAACGGAAUGACGACCUCCUCAAACCAGACAAGAGCCCUGCCAACACCCCAACAGUAUUUGGGGACAGCUGGAAAGUGGGGAACGACCCUGGCUGCUCCAGCGACUGCAACGGCAAGAAGUGCCCCACCUGUGACCACAGCCUGAUGCUUGAUUACCAAACAGGGAAGUACUGCGGCAGGAUCACAGACAAAAACGGUCCGUUCAAGCACUGCCACGCCAAGGUGGACCCCACAGAGUACUAUGAGGACUGUGUGUUUGAUAUGUGUCUGUACCGUGGCCAUGCCUCUGCCCUCUGUAACGCCCUCAGCACCUACACCACUGCCUGCCAGGAUGCCCCUGCCAAGGUGGAACAGUGGAGGUCAGACAGCUUCUGUCCAUCUUCCUGCAAGGUCAACAGCCACUAUGAGGUGUGUGCCUCAGGCUGCCCCCAGACCUGCAGUGGCCUCGAUGAGCCUGAGAGCUGUUGGAACUCCCUGUGCACCGAGGGCUGUGUCUGUGACGACGGCUUCAUACAGAGCGACAGCGAGUGUGUGCCGCUGGCUGAAUGUGGCUGCAUUCACCAAGGCCAAUACUACCAGAUGGGCCAGGUGUUCUUCCCCAGCAGCCAGUGCAAAGAGCGCUGUGUGUGUAAAAAGGAUGGACACAUGGAGUGUAAUGUGAAGUUUGCCUGCGGUCCCAAUGAGAAGUGCCAGGUCCAAGACGGGGUGCAGGCUUGUAUACCCAUGAGCACGGGCACCUGCCAUGUGAGCGGGGCCAGGAGAUUCCACUCGUUCGAUGGCAGCUGCUUCAGCUUACACGGGGACUGUGUGUACAAAAUGUUGGAGGUUGUGGAGAAAGACGGAUCGAUGGCUCCGUUUGUUGUGUCAGUGCAGCAGUUGACCAAGAUUGAUGAUGCAAUGGUCACCAGGAGGGUUGAAAUACAGGCCUACAAAUACAAGAUAUCUAUGUCUCCCAGAGUUAUAUGGGAAAUAACGGUGGAUGACGUUGCAACAAAUCUCCCGCUGUCACUCGGAGAUGGAAAGGUCAGGGCCUACCAGAACGGCAUUAACAUCAUCGUGGUAACAGACUUUGGCUUGAUGGUGACCUACGACACCGUUGCUGGCGCCAUCAUACAGCUUCCAUCCACUUACAAAGGUGUUACCGGUGGUCUCUGUGGCAACUAUAAUGACAAGAAGGAGGAUGACUUCCUGCUGCCCAGUGGGCUGCAGGAGCCGUCUGUGGAGAAGUUUGCAGCGGGGUGGUUAGUGGUUCAGGAAGGGGUCAAAUGUCAGACAGGAUGUGACAGUGGCUUGAAGUGUCCUCCCACCAGUGGACCCCCGCCAGCUUGUAGCAUCAUAAAGUCAACCAAGGGUCCAUUUGCCCAAUGCCAUGCUGUUGUGCCACCACAAGAGCACUUUGAGGAGUGCACGAAGGAGGGAGAGGGUGGGGAUGCCCUGUGCCGUCACUUACAGACGUAUGUGACUUUCUGUCAGGCAUCCGGUGGCCUUGUCAGCAGCUGGAGAUCUGACCAGUUUUGUCCUCUGACGUGUCCAGCUAACAGUCACUAUGAGUUGUGUGCCGACACCUGUUCUUCCACCUGUGACUCUCUGAGUGAGUCUCCCAAAUGCCCACUAUGCCAGGAGGGCUGCCAGUGUGAUGACGGCUUUGUGUUUGAUGGUGGCAAGUGUGUCCUACUGGGGAACUGUGGCUGUGUGGUUGAUGGACACUAUUACAAGUCUGGCCAGUCUGUGAGGCUUGGCAACUGUUCUGAGACCUGCAGCUGUGCAGCAGGACUAUUCACUUGCAAGAACUCACAGUGCAAAGAGGGUCAGAAAUGUGGGUUGAAGAAUGGAGUCAUGGACUGCUACAGCACAGACCCCUGUGAGGAUAUUGAGUGCCGUGAGAAGGAAAACUGUGUUGUGAAGAACAAUAAGGCGGUAUGUGUGGCCCAGUCCAAUGCCUACUGCUGGGCGUUCGGUGACCCUCAUUACAGCACAUUCGACGGCCAGCCAUUCUCCUUCAUGGGCACCUGCUCCUAUAUUCUGGUGAAUACGACCGGCAAAGAUCCCACCCUGCCUCAGUUCAGCAUCCUGACCAAGAACGAGCUGCGCGGCAACUCCGAGGGCUCCUUCGUCAAGUCAGCCAACAUAGACCUGAGUGGUCACAGGAUCACCAUUCUCAGUGGCCAAAGAGGGACAGUGGAGAUUGAUGGCAUUAGGUCUGCCCUCCCUUUGAGUUUGGAGUCUGACAGCAUCAGAAUCACAGAGUCUGGUAUUCGAGGGACCAUCCAGUCAGCUGUUGGCCUGGAGAUAACUUUUGACUGGACCAGCCUCUUCAUGGUGACCAUCAGCAGCAGUUACUACAACAACCUCGGUGGCAUCUGUGGCAACUACAAUGGUAACAAAGCAGAUGACUUCACCACUCCCACAGGUGUGCUUUCAUCAAAUACCACGGCGUGGGUGGCAUCCUGGAGUGUUGCCGACGGUGACCCAUUCUGCUGGCACGUCUGUAACAGCAACUGCCCCACAUGCUCAGAUUCAGACCGGGCACUUUACACUGGACCAAAGUACUGUGGUUUGAUGACAGACAGAGGGGGCCCAUUUGAACAGUGUCAUAAGAAAGUGCCGGUGAAGGAGUUUGCCUCAAACUGCCUCUAUGAUGUGUGUCUGAAUGAGGGUCGACAGGAGGUGUUGUGUGAGGCCUUGGCUAACUACGUGGCCGAAUGUCAGCAGGCUGGGGCUGUUGUCUCACCACUGUGGAGAAAGGCUUCCAACUGCCCCCUGGACUGCCCAUACCACAGCCACUAUGAGCUAUGUGGCACUGCCUGCCCUGCUACCUGUGCCGAUCUCAAUGUCCCAGAGAUCUGUUCCAAAGUCUGUGUGGAGGGCUGCCAGUGCGACAAGGGUUACGUGCUCAGCGGUGAACACUGUGUCGUCAAGGAGACAGGGUGUGGCUGUACACACAAUGACCACUACUACCUGCCCGAAGAAACCUUCUGGGAAGGCAACACAUGUCAGAGUAAGUGUGUGUGCGACGGAGCCACACAGAAGGUGGUGUGUAUGCCUAGGAAGUGCAAGGUUAGUGAGCACUGUGCAGUGGUCAAUGGGGUUCAGGACUGCUACCCCCUCAGCUUCAAGACCUGCUCAGCACAGGGGGACCCCCACUUCCGCACCUUUGAUGGGAAGCGCUUCGACUUCCAGGGAAACUGUAUCUACAAGCUGGCGGGGGUCUGCUCCAAAGAUACCGAUCUGGAGAGCUUUGAGGUGACUCUGGAGAACAACAACAGGGGCAGCACCAGAGUCUCCUACGCCAAGGUGGUGACUGUCAUUGUUUUGGGAAGUAGUUACACCGUCACAGGUGAUUAUCACGGCAAAGUCCUGGUGGACGAUGUCCUGACACCUCUGCCAUACUACUCCAACAACACUGAGGUUCAGAUCUACAGAAACAGACGUUUUGCUGUUCUGGAGACUCAUUUCGGUCUCAAGGUCUCCUUCGACUGGUCCAGCAAUGUGAGGGUGAAGGUCCCGAGCACCUACCACAACGCCAUCUGUGGUCUCUGUGGCAACUUCAAUGACAACCCUGAUGACGACCUGCUUCUGCCCAACGGGAAAAAGCCCAUGAGUCCCAAGGAGUUUGGAAACAGUUACUGGGUAGCUGACGUACCGGGCUGCUCCCACGAGUGCAAAGAUUGUGCCGUUGUAGACAUCCCCCUUAUAAAGCCCAAAUAUGUCAGCGCCUGCGAUGUCAUUGUGGAUAAGAGUGGUCCCCUCAGAGACUGCAUUGGUAGAGUGGACUCUGAUGAGUACAAAGAAGACUGCAUCUAUGACAUGAUCCUCAACAACGGCCUACUGACGGCAGCCUGUGACAUCAUCACCAGCUAUGUGGAAGAGUGUCAGGAGAAGGGAGGUAAAAUUGGUGCCUGGAGGAGUAAAGACUUCUGCCACCUCCCCUGUCCAGAGAACAGUGUCUACAGCCUCUCGGCCUCCGGGUGCCCGGCCACAUGCUAUUCCAUGACCUCCGCCCCAGGAUGCACCACUCCUCCAGGGGAGGGCUGUCAAUGCAAACCUGGUUUCCUGCUGAGUGAUGACAAGUGUGUCCACAUGAAGAACUGUGGCUGUCACCACAAGGGUCGCUACUUUGUGUCCGGCGAGGUCUUCUACAAGGAGAACUGCCACCACCGCUGCAGCUGUAACUCCGGCGAGAUGGCCUGUGAGGUGGCGCCCUGCGGUCCGAAGACCACGUGUGCGGUGGUGAAGGGGGUCAGGGGCUGUUACAUUAUCAGUAGCACAGAAUCAAACAACCAGUCAUGGAUCAAAAAACUUCUUAACAAAUAUGUUAAACCUGUACAUAUCAAGUUUGGAGGCUAGAACAUUUACAUUUUCAAAUAAGAUCUCAUGGCUCUAAACUAUCCUUUAAAAACGUUCCUUUCAUGUCCAGGUUGUAGGCUAAAGCAUUUCAACAUAAAAUCGCAAAAUUACCUUAAUAUUACCUUCUGUAUGUGAUAACAUAUUCCGAACCAUAUAAUGUUGUGAGGGAUUGAGUAUUCAUGCAUGGAAUUGUUAUUGAACUGUAUUCAUUAUAAUCCAAAUAUAAUACCAUACUUGUGUAUUACUAAAACUGAGAUUAUCUCUGUACGCUUGUAUCUGUGUCUAUCCAUUACAACUUUCAAAAGCCUAAUAAUAAACAUAUUGCAGCUAAA